AGAACACACAGUCUGUGUCUUUCAACCGUAGGAACGCAACGACCCAAAACGCUGCGCUUUUGAACACCAAGCAAAGCCAACUCGUCUCCUGAAGCCAUCCUGCCAUGUUGCAGUUUCCCGCCUCUCUCGGCAUCGGCCCGAGCAGGCAUGACCCACACACGCUACUCAAGUACACUGCGGCGGAGGUAUUUCCCUCGUUCGACCCCCAUCCCUCGAGCGCAACCCCCCUGACCAUUACGACGCGGCGACCCGCCGAAACGGUCGAGCGCACGCAGCGCAUUCUGGUCUCGCAGCUGCAGCCCUUUCAGGCUUUCUACCUGACCGACGACGGAUCGCUGCGACUGCGGGUACCCAUGUUUUACCGCGACUUCAAAAAUAUCCCGACGCGCGCGGGCGUCGUCGCCACCAGCUUCAGCUUCCCAACCCCCGACGACUUCCGGAUGCGCCCGACGCACCCGGGCGGAGAGAAAAUAGACGUCGUCACGGAGUCCAUUCCCUAUGUGGACACCGAAAAAGCGUACGCGACACAUGCGGAAGAUGCUGCUGCUACCAGCGGUGCAUCCACUUCUUCUGCCGCGGGGGAGGAAGUCACGACGCCCGCAUCUCCUGUGGCGAAACAACCGGGAAGCGCAAGUACCGAACAGCCCGCAGAGGGGCAAAGUGUCAAAACCAGCGCGGUGGCACUCUCGAGUACGAACGAUGGCACGCAGGACUGGACGGCCGUUGACACGGUGAACUUGCGCAAGUUUCUGGCAACGGACACGCUGGGCCGCACGAACCCGGAUCACUGGAACAACUCGCCGCUGCGCCCGUUCCUGGUCAAGGAGCGUCGCACCAGCCUGCUGGGCGAAACACACAGCAAGUACUCGGGCUUUACGAAGCGCGUAACGGCGGACGGCACGGAGAAGGUGGCGCAGCGGAAAUUUUCCGCGUUAAGCAUCGAUUGGUCACAGUACCUUCCGCGCGACUCCGAGUUGAUCGCUUUCCGAACUGCGCACCAACGGGAUAACUUUCCCGGCACUGGCGGCUGGCUGCUAUGGAUUGCAAAAAUGUCUGGGUCUGGUGGAAGAUUGCGCCUUGUAAUGCUGUCUUUGGAUUCCAAAAAAAUCUGUAUUGCAUGACCAGCAACAGGACUCCAGUUUGUGUUACGCGGAGAGGGCAUUUCUCAUGCGGAAUAGGCAUUGGGAAGCACUCUAAAAAUCUGCGUUGCUAGAUCAUGCAUUAGAGGCAUCAAUCAUCAUACAAAAUAUGCAUGACAAGUCUGCAAUCUUCCAGACCCAGACAUUUUUACAUUUGAUAGCUGCACCUGGGGCACAACAAAGUGCUCAAGAUGAUGCAGGACGCAAUGUCCCUGGGGCUCGGGGGGAAGCUCGGCUCGCAGCUCGCUGCGGAAGUGGAGCACACGGCGAAAUCCAACAACGCAACCCAGCCUUUUCACCAAUUGGUUCCGCGCGCCGUGGAGCAGGGCCUGCGGGCGGUAA